ACUUAUUUCAACUCAUACAAUAUAUACCUAGCAUAUUGACCGAUCCUCAUAAAUCCUCCAAGAUGGCUCACACGCCCACCUCCUCCAUGACCAGCUCAUUCCAGGGCCCCUCAUCCUCGACAGCAAUAACCCACAUCGUCGUCUUCAAGUACCGCCCAGACAUCACUUGGACGGACCUCGAAGCACAUUUCUCCGUUUUCAGGGCUCUGCAGACGCAAUGCGUCCACCCAUCCACCGGCAAGCCCUACAUGCUCAGCAUGCGAAUGGGCAACAACCGAUCCCGGGAAGCCCUCAACAAAGGCAUGACCCACGGCUUCGUCCUCGAAUUCGCAAGCCAGGAUGAUCUAGACUACUAUCUCACAAAAGAUCCAGUCCACGCAGCGUUCUCAAAAGCCGCGAAGCCAUUGAUCGAAGACUCACUAGUAGUGGACAUCACUCCCGGCAAACUGUUCGGCGACUUGCCCGCCCCACUCACCUCCAAGACCACGCAUAGCGGCUCCUGCCACUGCGGCAACCUCGCCUUCACCGCCGCGCUGGACACGUACCCACAGCCUUUGCAUGUGCUAUGUCACUGCCGCACGUGCCAGCUUCUCUCCGGCUCGCCGUACACCUGCAACACCAUCAUCCCGCAGGGGGAUCUAACGAUAACGCGAGGCUCGCCAGCGGAGUACGCGUACACCGGUGCCAGCGGGAAGAAGGUACAUUGUUUCUUCUGCAGGGAGUGCACGAGCCACAUAUAUCAUGUGCAGGAUGUGGCCCCGGACGUGGUUGUGGUGAGGACGCUGCUUUUGGAAGAUGGGCCGAAAUGGGGCGCGGGCGGGGAGAUCUUUGCGGAAGGGAGACUGGGUUGGGUGAGUGAUCUGAAAGCUGCGCUGGAAUAGUGUGAAGCGAGUAGAAUGGUUAGAGUGAGGCGAUAGAGCAAGGUGAUAGAGCAGCGUCAUGGAUGAGGUCGGUGGUUUAGAGCAAGGCGUUGGGGACAUAGUGUAAAUCAAGCUAAUGGCUCCUAGCGACGGCUGUGGUGCUCUGACUUGUUAGCGCUCACGAUUUCUCGAACACCCACCAGGAAUAGGGAAACAAAGCACGGGAACCUAUGGCGAUGUGAUGGAU